AUGAAUCAAUCAAUCAUUCACUUUCUCUUCCUCUCUCUCUCUCUCAUUCACUUUCUCUUCCUCUCUCUCUCUCAUUCAUUUUCUCUUCCUCCCUCUCUCUCUCUCUCUCAUUUGCUUUUACUUCUCUCUCUCUAUCAUAGAAAACAAAUUGACCAACAAUCCUCCUUCUCUCAAUAUGUCAUAUUUUUCAUAUCUAUCUAUCUAUCUGAUAUUUUUUAUAUUUAUCUAAGAUUUUUCAUAUCUCUCUUUUUGAUUUGCCUCUUUUGUAUCCUCUCUCUCUCUCCUUUUAUCUUUUUCUCUCUUUAUCUUGUUUCUUUUUGUCUCUUUUCUGUUCUCUCUUUCCUUUUUCGAAUUUCUCAUUUCUCCUCCUCCUUAUUUCCAAACUCUCAUUUACAAUCUCUCUCUAUGUCUUUUCAUCUACUCUUUCCUUUUAUCUCUUACUCUCUUUAUUCCUUUACUAUCUUUUCUUUUCUUACAUUCAUUAUCUCUUUCCUAUUUUUUCUUCAUUUUCUCUCUUACUCUCUACUUCUUUUCUACACUUUGUAUUAUCUCUUACUCUAUCACUUUUCUACCUCUUUUUCCUUUUAUCUUAUUCUCUUUAUUUCUUUUUCAUUCUCCUUUUAUUUAUUUCUUACUCUCUCUCUACUUUUCUUUCAUGUUCUUUUUUCUUUUAUCUCUAACUCUCUCUCCCAGUUUCCUACCACCUUUUUUAAUUUUUAUUUCUCCUUUUCCUACACUCUCUUCCUUUUCAUCUCUCUCUCUAUAUUCCUAAUUUCUCUCUUACACUAUUCAUCUCUCUUCUACCCUCACUCUUUCUCUACUCUCCACUUUUCAUCUCUUUUAAUCAUUCCCUCUCUAAUCUGUUUAUCAUACACUUUUCUUAUUUUCUUUUCUGUUUCCUUUGCAGAAUUUUUUUUUUUUUCUUUUCUUUAUCUUUUCCUAUCUUUCUUACGCCAUGCCAUUCUUAUUUUUACUUUCUCUUUUUCCUUUCAUUAUUUUUCAUAUUUCGUUCUUUCUUUUAUUAUCUAUGACUUUUUUUGUUUCUUUUGUUUUCUACUGAUUUUUGUUUUCUCUCAUUCCUUCUUUCUUCUUUUAUUCUUUCCUCCCCUCCUUUUCAUUUUUUCUUUCUAA